AUGGCUGCCACCAAGCCCACUAUUGUCCUUAUUCAUGGCGGCUGGCACGUCCCCGCUACCUACUCCAAACUCGCGGAAGCCCUCAGAUCCUCCGGCUACGAAGUCCAUGUGCCCCGUCUCGCUUCAGUGAACGAGACUCGGCCUCCAAACGCCGAUCUUUCCACGGACACAGCUCUUAUUCGAUCGUACGUCGAGAACCUCGUCCAAGCUGGCCGCGAUGUGGUUGCCAUCAUGCACUCAUACGGCGGCCAAGUAGGCACGAACGCUCUGCACGGCUUGAGCGCGGAAAUCCGCAGCAAGGAAGGGAAAACAGGCGGCAUCACCCAGCUUGUCUACAUGUGCGCGUUUGCCCUGCCGGAAGGUGGCUCCAUGGUUGGCAAAGUCAAGGAAUUCGGUCACGAGCAUCUCCUUCCGCUGGCAUUCGAUUUCGCCGACGAUAACACGGUUCUGCAUCGAGAUCCUAAGACGCUCCUUGUCGGAGAAGCCCCCGGCCUGGACGACGGCGAGAUUGAGGCCUACGUCAAUUCGCACGUGCGCUGGAACGGGACGUGCAUGUACCAGGAAGUGUCGCACUGCGCGUGGAGGGAAGCGCCCGUUAAUUAUAUCUACACUACCCUGGAUAUGACUGUGCCACUUGACUACCAGAAAUCCAUGGUCGAGAAGAUGCAGGAGCAGGGAAGGGAGGUGCAGACGUUCCAGCUGGAGACCGGGCACUGUCCGAAUCUCACUGCGACGGCGCAAGUGGUGGAUGUGGUGAAGAAGAUCGCGGGCUAA